AAGUGGCUGAAGAUGCUGUCCCAGUGGAAUUUUUACAUGGAUAGGAACUACAGGAAGAUAAAGGAGAGGUGUAGGAAGGGCAUCCCGAUGUCCGUCCGGCCCAGGGCAUGGCUCUACCUCUGCGGUGGUAAACUCCUGAUGGACAAGGAACCCAACAGGUACGAGGACUGCCUGCGGGCCGACGGGGACCCCAAGUGCAUCGAGGACAUUAGGAAGGACAUCCACCGGCAGUUCCCACUGCACGAGAUGUUCAGCUCGGAGGAUAAGCCCGGGCAACAGGAGUUGUUUAACGUUUUGAAGGCGUACACGAUCCGUUACCCCGAGAUCGGGUAUUGCCAAGCGCAAGCGCCCGUGGCGGCUUUCCUGCUGAUGCACAUGCCCGCCGAGCAGGCAUUCUGGUGCCUGGUGUCCAUAUCUAACAAGUACCUGGAGGACUACUAUUCGCCGACGAUGGAGGUGGUGCAGAGGGACGGGUUGAUUUUGCAAG